AUGCAACUUCCCCCAAUCGUACCAAUGUCAACAAGAAAAGCGCACACUAAAACUCGAUCGGGCUGCAUUCAGUGUAAGCAGAAACAUGUCAAAUGCGACGAAGCCCGCCCAUCGUGUGGCGCAUGCACUCGCUGGAAAGUCCCCUGUGUGUUCAAGGUCAACCCCAACCGCAGCAGAGCCAAAGCAUCCACCAAAGUUGCAGUCAGUUCACCGAAUGAGGUCCAAAACCUCUCUCCUUCAACUGUUGAAACCAGAUCGCCGUCCACUACUGUCACGCCCACGGCGCAACCAGAGCCCCAACGCGAAAAUAUGACAAUGUGGGAGUUUGAGUUACUUCAUCACUAUAUCACCAAAGUAACCAAGUCCUUUCUUCUGCCUCCAUUUUUGCAAAAGUUUCUUUGCGAAGAUGCGGUUACGCAAGCAACACAGCACGACUUCCUCUUUCACAUCACCAUCAUGACAUCUUGCUUACAUCUCGCCCUCACCAAAUCUCCAUGCUUCACUCAAGCUCAUCAUGACUUCAUCUUGGGUGGUUGUAGUGAUGCUAUGGCACAAUUCCGCAAGGAGGCGGAAAACAUCGACGAAUCCAACUGGCGUGCUGUCAGGCCGUUCGCGUUUCUCAUGUCGAUAUAUACAUUGUCGCUACCACUGCUAGGCGACGCCCCCAAAAGCCCAGAAGCCAUUCUCGACGAAAUCAUAAGAGUUCUCAAUCUACUAAGAGGAGUCAAGGAUUUUAUUUCAUUAACUGAAAAAAUGAAUGUGGAGUAUGAAGAAUCGAAAGCGAAUUAUGAGGCUCUUCGAAUAACCUCACUAUCGAACUCUGAAGAGGAACUCAGCAUCGAGCAAAUAGUUGCAAACCUAGUUGGCCAAGUACGGGCAUCUGAAGACGACAUCCACACUCGCCAUGAGAACCUAAAGGCAAUUGAUGGUCUAAGGCGAGCUUCAGAUCUCAGCUUUAUACUCAGUUUAAGACCAAUAAUCUGGCCGUGUACGGUGGAGCCGGGCUUUUGUGCUUUACUAGAACAGAGGAAUUCCACAGCAAUGGUGAUUCUUGCACAUUAUGCUGUGGUGUUGGAUCAGUGCAAAUCACUCUGGUGGUGCGCAGAUUUAGGAUCUCAAGUUAUAGCAGCAGCUAAGGCUCUUUUACCAAACGAUGUGCUCGGGGCAAUAGCUUACCCAUUGGAAAGGAUUAAGAUGAGACAGGUUUAA